AAAUAGAUUGUUAAAUAAUUUAAUAUUAUCUUGAAGUGUGGAUUUGAUUGGAUCUCGUCCACAAUAACAAACAGUAACAAAAAAAUAUCAUGGCUGAAUUACAGUCAAGUUUAUUACUGCGAAAACAAUUAAAUGAUCUAAAGAAAAAUCCUGUUGAAGGAUUUUCCGCCGGCCUUUGUGAUGAUAGCGAUAUUUACAAUUGGGAAGUGCUAAUUAUUGGUCCACCUGAUACUCUAUAUGAAGGAGGUUUCUUCAAAGCAAAUCUUACCUUUCCAAAAGAGUAUCCAUUAAAACCACCUAAAAUGCGUUUUCUAACCGAAAUAUGGCAUCCAAAUAUCGAUAAAAAUGGUAAUGUUUGCAUAUCGAUUCUUCAUGAACCUGGUGAUGACCGUUUUGGUUAUGAAAAAGCAUCUGAACGUUGGUUACCAGUACAUACAGUCGAAACGAUUCUAAUCUCAGUCAUUUCAAUGUUAGCCGAUCCUAAUGAUGAAUCACCAGCCAACGUUGAUGCAGCGAAAGAAUGGCGUCAAAAUUAUCCAAAUUUCAAAAGGAGAGUUGCUCAAUGUGUAAGGAAAAGUCAAGAAAUGGAAUAGCUGAGGCCAAUCAUGUAUAUUAAAUGAUGG